AAUUCCCAUGUGCUGUUAAUGGGUUUAUGAAAGAAAAUAACGAUAAUGACAGACUUAUUGGUGUCCACUGUACCCAUGGUUUAAACAGGACUGGCUACCUCAUCUGCAGAUAUUUGAUUGAUGUAGAAGGCAUGUGGCCAGAUGAUGCAAUUGAAUUUGAUCUUCUUCCAUGUAAGGGUUUGGAGAGAUUCAGAGACUAUGCGGCUGCCUCCAUCCUUCUGAGGUCCUGCUCAAUCUUCUUUGACAUAAUUAUUUUGAAUUUGGAGAGUGGUGAUGUUUGCACAGCAUUGUGAAUGUAUUUAAUGGCACUGAAUUGUAUACUUGAAAAUGGUUGAAAUACUACAUUUCGUUUUAUGUGUAUUUUACCAUAAUAAAAAAAAGAUGAAAGUGCAGCAUAAACCAGAAUUAGGUAAGAUGAUAGAACUCAGGACAGAAUUCAAAAUAAAAGAAAAAAUUUCAGAAAUGAGGACUAAAUUUAAAAUAAUACAAGAGUGGGUACUUCCCUGGUUGUCCAGUGGUUAAAAAUCUGCCUUCCAGUGCAGGGAAUGCACGUUCGAUCCCUGGUUGGGGAACUGAGAUCCCACAUGCUGCAGGGCAACUAAGCCCGCACGCCGCAACUCCUGAGCCCAUGUGCUCUGGAGCCCACGCGCCACAAGUAGAGAGCCCACUAGCCGCAAGGAAGAGACCAUGCACUGCAACGAACAGCCUGCGUGCUGCACCUAAUACUCGACACUGCCAAAAAUAAAUAAAUAAAUUAAUUAAAUAAAUUAA